AUGGCACCGACAGCAAGCAGCAAACGCUCAAGUGCUGAGAGUAAAACAACGAAGGAAGCCGGACAAAUAGCGGUGUACAGUGAGAUAGCAAUACGACACAACAUAGGUGUGCUGGAAUAUUCAAGAACUUGUCAGGCAGCGGCAGCUGGUAUGGCAAGUGGCAUUCUUGGAUUAACCGGUAUCUCCGGCUUUGUCUUCUAUUUCGUCUUGGUCAUCUUACAGGCUAUAUUUUGGGAAAUGAAAGCGAAUUUUGAGUGGCACAAUUACUUCAUCAGUCGGAGUUUAUCACUUACACAUUCGUUGAUAUCUGGCCUCUUCACUUAUAUUUUAUUUUGGGUAUUCCUCUAUGGAAUGGUCCAUGUAAAUGCCCUCGUGGAAAGUGAGUGA